AUGGGUGUGAGGUUGCUGGCGAUGAUCUGCAUGGCCAAAGCAGCAGCAGGAGAGGUUGCUCAGGUGGCUUCUGGAUCAGUGGGAGAUCACACAUGUGUGCGAGGCUCGACUGGUUAUGCCAAGUGUUGGGGUUACAACAAUAUUGGCCAGUUGGGCCUGGGCACCACGGACAACAUGGGCGAUGGCAGCAACGAGAUGGGGGACCACCUCCCUGUAGUGGCACUCGGCGCGGGACGCACAGUAGUCGAAGUGGCUACCGGUGUAUAUCACACGUGCGCCAGGCUGGACGACGGUUCUGUCAAGUGCUGGGGUUACGGCGACACUGGCCGGUUGGGCCAGGGCAACGAGGAAAAAAGGGGCGAUGGAAGCAACGAGAUGGGGGACCACCUCCCUGCCGUGGCACUCGGCGCGGGACGCACAGCAGUCGAAGUAAUUGCCGGUGACGCUCACACAUGUGCCAGGCUGGACGACGGCUCUGUCAAGUGUUGGGGUCGCAACCACGAAGGCCAGUUGGGCCUGGGCACCACGGACGACAUGGGCGAUGGCAGCAACGAGCUGGACGACGGAUCUGUCAAGUGCUGGGGUUACAACCUCUAUGGCCAGCUGGACGACGGUUCUGUCAAGUGUUGGGGUCGCAACGUCUAUGGCCAGCUGGACGACGGAUCUGUCAAGUGCUGGGGUUACAACGUCUAUGGCCAGUUGGGCCUGGGCUCCACGAACAACAUGGGCGAUGGAAGCAACGAGAUGGGGGACGAGCUGCCUGCAAUUGACAUCACCUUCCCAACCACAACCACAACCACAAGCUCCAUCGCAACCUCCACAGUCGCAACCGAGGAAGCAAGAGAGGAGCAGCGGAAAGAGGACGCCAAAGCGGCCGUGAAGGAGGUCGAGUCAGCAACACAGGAUGCGAUGGCAAGCCUUCUGAGCAGCAUCAAUGGCACCUCAGACAACGCCAGCGCAGGUGUACUGGGCGAUGUGUCCAUUUCGACAGAUGCUGGAGAUGUCAAGGUCGUGGUCUAUGACCCCCAAGCCUUGGCUGGAAAACCUGCGGAAGUCAGCGUGGACAACACAGCAGUCGCCGCCGAGGUCCCUGCGGAUGUGCUGAAGCAGGCCCAGGCCGAGGUAGGAGGAGAUGGCCUGCUCGUGCUGAGCGUCAUGGUCAUGAGCGAGGACCUGGCGGAGAAGUUCAGCACACCUCCUUUGGUCGAGCCACAAGGCCCCGUGACGAAAUUGCUGUCCAAGCCCUUGGUGAUCAACAUCCGCGACGAGAACGGAACCAUCAUUGAGAUAGGCCCGCUGAAGAAUCCGAUGACGAUUCAGAUGGAGGUCAACUUGACUGUCAAGGAGAGGAGGUUGGACCAGGCAACAACCCAGAGUGCCCGGGCACGAUGUGCCUAUUGGGAUGAGGAGAGAGCAGCUUGGGAGACGAAGGGCAUGGAACGCAUCGAAGACGAGGAAGCUCAGCCUGGCUUGGUGCGGUGCAAGACGAAACGAAUGGCCAUCUUUAGUGUCGUGGUGGAGGAGCUCCAAAACACCGUGAAGUGCAGCACCCUUGGGCUUCUGCUGUCCGGAGACGCGCUCGCGAACCUGUCCAGGACGGACUGGCUGCUGCAGAUGCCCACGGUCGUGGUGAUGUGUUUUCUAUUCAUGUCCGGCCUGACACUCUGCUACGCCCAUUGGAAAGAUAGUCAGGCAGAGAAGGAGCUAUCAACAGCGAGGCGUGAAACCGUGCUGCAGGCGGAGCAGGAACAAAGACCUCCAUUCUGCCGCCGACUGGCAGGGAAAGUUUGGCAGGUGGUGGAGGGCUGCGUUGGAGCGAUGACAAGUCUCACCAAGCCUGAGACCCAGAUUAACAAGUGCAUCCGAGAGGUGCUCGCAUACAGGACAGGCUUGGACUCCCAGAGCAUCAAACUCAUUAUCCCAACAGAUCAAGUCGAAGAUGCUGGCGAGGAGGAGGAGCUCAGGCCGAGUGCCCUGCUUUGGACGUGCCCGCGGAGGAUUCCUUUCCGUGCCAGGUUGACCCAGAUUCAAUCGAGAAUGAGCCAACAAUUCGAUCUUCGCCAAGUCCUCGACAUUAAUCGUGCCGGAAAAUCAGCCGUGGAUGUGAUCCUACAUGGAUCACUGCACCACCGCGUCAUCAUCCUGUUGCCGGCGGUGCACACCUACUCGGUUCUAUUUCGGCUCUAUGCGCUCACCCCAGUCGCUGUGCGGGUGUCCGCGAUCAUCCUGAAGCUUCUCAGCGCUGGCUUCACCAAUGCAGUUUUCUUCACGACUACUGCAAAACAAGCUGUCCAAGGAUGCAACGAAGAAGACUUGAGCAUGGAGAGGGGCUUUGUGCGGAAGUUCUGGGUAGGCCUGCUUUCCGCAGUCCUUGGGGACCUCAUUGUCUUCGUCCUGCUGCUCAUCCAGAAUCCGAGCUCCAAGCCCGGAGAGGCGCCGCAAGAAAAGUCGGCGCGAUUGCGGGGCAAGCGGAUGUUGUACUGGGUGGCAUCAUCGUGCUACGCGGCCACCUGCAUUUGCUACAUAAUCCUGUUCCUGGCCAAUGUCCAGGCCGAGGAUGCGGUGAACUGGCUUGAAGCCAUGGGCAGCAGCCUUCUCAAGGACGCCGUCCUCAAGCCGACCCUGACGGCUCUUGGACUAGGCUUGUUCACUUCGCUGGUGCUUUGCUGCAGACCUGGGCUGAAGGAAAGUGUCCGGCGACAUUGGCUGAGGGGCGGCGAGACCGAGGAAGAAGGGAGGUCCGUGACUCUUGCACGAGGCAGGGGCACAUCGCAGCUGCAUCGCCCAAGCAUGAGACACCCGCGUCGAGGUCCAUGCCUCAUCGACACGGAGUAG